AUGCUUCGGAAGCAUCUUGGUACAAGAGACACGAGCUACGCCCAGCAUCGGGCCAAUCUCCGCCAGGGUUUAGGGUUUAGGGUAACCUCCGGCAGCAUGCAUCACCACGAGCUGAGCAGAGUUCCGACCCGUGUGCAUGCUUUCUGGUCUCGCAGCUGGCAUGGUUCUACCUGUAUGAAGAUCACCACUGUGUUCCUUCUCAACAAUGCCACCGCCGCUGCUGUGGUCGGUCAGCACAGCAUCAGCAUUUUCUACCUUCUUCCUCGCCGGCCUCGGGGUUUUACCACAGUCUUCCAAACCGCACUGCACGUGGUGCAUCCGCAACGGUGUCCUGACGUACAUACUGACAAUGUUGCUUUGGCAUCCGCGGCGGCUGGUGUUUGUUGA